AUGAUCAGGAAUCUCCCACCUUCAGCGCGAUCGCCCAUCAUCCGCAUCGCCAAUGGCACCUUCUAUCGGCACCAUCCGAAUUCGCAAUCAUCCCAUGCGAAUCCAGCCUUGUUCAAAAAUCUCCAGUUUGAGCUGCCCUCAUCAACACCACAGCCGCACAACUGGUGCAUCGUGGGGCCUUCGCUGUCCGGGAAGACGACCUUCCUUCAUGCACUCAGGGGAAGAUUGCUAUGUGAGCCGCCCACGGCGAUUCAGUAUGUUGGGUUUGACGCUGAGCAGGGGGCGGGAGGGUUGAGCGGUGCGGUGACGACAUCUGCGUAUCUUUCUGCACGAUAUGAGUCUCGCAGAGAGAUUACUGAUUUCUCGUUGAGAGAUUUCUUACUGGGCAAUACGGAGCUGAAUCCUGCCAAGACACCGGCCCAGGAGAGCGAGCAGGAAGGUGGAAUCUCGGCCGAUCUAUUGAAGCGUGUUGUCAAAGAUCUCCGACUGGAACAUUUACUUGAUUUGCCCGUGACAUUUCUCAGUAACGGGCAGGGCAGGAGGGCGAGAAUAGCCCGUGCAUUGCUCACAAGGCCUGAAGUCUUGCUCUUGGAUGAGCCUUUCAUGGGGCUUGAUCCUCCGACGGUGACGGGACUUAGUCCCUUGCUGGAGUCUCUUGCCAACAAAGCAAACCCUCGCCUGGUAUUGAUUGAGUCUAUGGGGCCCAAGGAGAUUGUCCUGGAUGGCUUGAAAAAGUACGUUCAUGGCGUGAGAGUGGGUGGGCUGGCAGAGGAUGAGAAACUGCCAGUUCACACCUUGGCUGAUAUCGGGCGAGUCCUGUCCAAAGAAGCAUUGAUGACACAUGCCUCAUCAUCGUCAUCUGCCCACUUACAGAAACCUGUCAACCCUAAUGCCGAACCUCUUGUUGAAAUGGAUGGAUGCCAGGUCCGUUACGGCGACAAAAUUGCUCUUGGAAACUGGUCACAGCAGACACCUCAAGGUGAUAAAGCAGGCUUGAUUUGGACUGUUCGGCGAGGCGAGCGCUGGGGUGUGUUUGGUCCUAACGGCUCGGGCAAGACGACAAUUGUCUCUCUUCUCGGGUCAGAUCACCCACAGACUUACUCUUUGCCCAUCAAGCUCUUUGGACGUAGCCGUCUCCCCGAGCCAGGUUCUGGACAGCUGCCGCUCACGUUCUGGGAUAUCCAGUCUCGCAUCGGCCACUCCAGUCCAGAGGUUCACCAGCACAUGCCGAGAAGCCACACAAUCAGACAAGUGGUUGAGAAUGCUUGGGCAGAGACGUUUGGAGCGAAACCAAAGCUGAACGCAGAAGCGAGCGCGAAAGUCGAGGCCGCGCUCAAGUGGUUCGAGCCGGAGCUGAAGCCGAACAGCGCUGCUAACAGCGAGGGCCUGAAGUGGGCUGACGACUACAUGUUUGGCGAGAUUUCAUUUAGUGCCCAGCGCGUGGCGCUGUUUGUGCGAUCCAUGAUCAAGGGGCCUGAUAUUGUCGUCUUAGACGAGUCUUUUAGCGGCAUGGACGACGCUGUUCGGGAUAAGUGCACUCUGUUCCUCACUGAUGGAGAAUCAAAGACGUAUGUAGGCGAGGAGAUUGUCGAAAGCCAGCAGGCCAAGGAUGGCACCGUCAAGUUGAAGGGGCUGUCGGAUCAACAGGCGCUCAUCUGCAUUGCGCACAUCAAGGAGGAAGUGCCGGACUGUGUUAGAGAGUGGGUUUGCUUGCCAGAGGCAAAUACGGAGCAGCCUGCGAGAUUUGGAAGACUGGAUGGCCCUCUGAGAGAGGAAGAAGGAAGAUGGAAUGAGAUUUGGGGCUUUUAA